AUGAAACGAUCGGAGCUCAUAUGUGUAUUGAUGGUGUGUGCGCUGGCAUGCCCGAGCUCAUCCUUCCUGCUCGACUGCAUCCGAACAGCAAACACAGCACCAGCGGUAACGGCGGUGUUCUUGGGCCGAGGACGUCGUCCACGUCCUACAGCAGUGCAACGCGUUCGUUGCUUGCGAACGCAAACGAGAGCUUCUGCUGGUCUCAAUCAGGACUCCACCCCUCUUGUUGAUGCUUUGGCCGAGGCUGCGGGAAACGUACGGUCUCCCCUGUUCUUUCCGGGUCACAAGAUGGGCAGCGGCGCUCCCUCCCGGCUGGUGGACUUGAUUCUCGGAGGCAAGCUGGACGCUCUGAGGCAUGAUCUGCCGGAGCUGCCGGAGCUCGACAAUCUCUUCGCGCCGGAGGGACCGAUCCGAGACGCGGAAUUAUUAGCCGCUGACGCCUUCGGUGCAGCCAAGACGUGGAUGUUGGCAAACGGGAGCACGUGCGGGGUCCUGGCGUCGAUCAUCGCUUGCGUUCAGUGGCAUAACUCUCGCGCCGGGGGGGCACCUCUCGCCGACGCUCCAGCUGGAAGCGGUGGCGGCCGCAAAAACGUGGUUAUCCUUCCCCGUGACGCGCACAAGUCGGCGGUACACGCGCUAGUCCUCAGCGGGGCGACGCCCUGCUUCCUGCCGCCCCUCCGCCACCCGGAGUCGGGAGUUGGCCUCGGGGUCGGCACGGCGGAGCUGAAAGCGGCGCUAAAGGAACACGGAGAUGAGGUGGCGGCGGUGUUCAUGGUGUCUCCGACAUACGAGGGCGCAUGCUCGGAUGUGAACUCGGCGGCGGAAGCCUGCCACGGGGCCGGCGUCCCCCUCGUGGUGGACGAGGCUCACGGGGCGCAUCUCGCCUUCUUGGGCGAAGCACAACCACCGUCAUCACGCUCAUCAGAGGAGGAGGAGGAGGAGGAGGAGGGGGAGGAAGGCGGUCGGGACGAGCACAGAAAUAACGGCUCUUUUUACCCACGGGCGGCGCUGCGGUGUGGUGCGGACCUGGUGGUUCAGAGCGCUCACAAGACGCUCGGUUCGCUCACCCAGUCCGCCUUCUUGCACCUCGGACCAGGCGGCGUGUUCGCCUCAGGAGGCACCGAGGGGGGCGGAGGAGGAAGCGGGGGCGGGGAUGACUUCUCCAUCGAGCGGGCUGUUUCGGAUGCCCUUGCGACGGUCCAGAGUUCUAGCCCCAGUUACCUGCUCUUAGCGUCGCUGGACGCGGCGCGCUGGGACCUCGCCGGCACCGACAAGAACGCCAAGCGUCGCCUCAGGGAGGCGGCGCGGAUCGCGGACGGGGUGCGGGAAGAGCUGUCGAGCGUCGAAGGAAUCAACGUGCUCGACCUGGGGGGAGAGAAAGGGUCGGCGGCGGGAUGCGUAGGGACGGAUCCGUUGCGGCUUACCGUGUCUUUGGAAGGGGGCGUCGGUGGAUACGAGGCCGACGAAAUUCUCAUUGAAGACUUUGGUGUGUACGCGGAGCUCCCGGGUCCGGACUACGUGACCUUCGUGUUCGGUCCCGGAUCGACCGUCGAGCACGGACAGAGGCUGGCGGAAGCGCUGCGACACGUCGCGCUGGAGGCAACGUCCCGGCAGGGGUCGGGGUCGGGGUCGGUGGCGGCAGCCGGCACGGCACAAGCGGUGGAGGCAACCAACACGCCGGUGCCCCCCCCUUCGAAGUUGAUGUGCACGCCUCGAGAGGCAUUUUUUGCUCCGUCCAAGACCGUCAGCGCGGUCGACGCGAUCGGGCAGGCCAGCGCAGAAACGGUGUGCCCAUACCCCCCAGGUAUUCCGGCGCUGCUGCCUGGCGAGGUGAUCACACAGGCGGCGCUGGACGCUCUCGCGGCCGUCAAGGAGAGCGGCGGCGUGAUCUCCGGCUGCAGCGAUGCCACCCUCGCGACGAUGAGAGUCGUUGCCGACUUGGUGCCCUCCGAGCGCCGGUAG